CCCCCGGAGCUGCUCUGCUCGUGUGACGGUUAAUAAUGGUCAGCACAUCAGCAGAGACACAGACACACAUGAACACGAUUGAACGGUAAUGAAUGGAGAAUCUGCCGCACGCACAACGACCCCGCUGGUUUGCACCGGAGAUUUACAAAGGAGCGGCCGAGGGUCUGAUAUUAACCCGACCCCAGCCUAUUAUCUGCCGGCCUCACAUUAUCCUCACCGCCGCGGGUCUGCGGGGAAACAAACACUCACGGGAGACGUGACAAGAGGUCUGUGUGUGACCUGUUGUUGUGAGCAGUCAUGUUCCGAAACAGCCUGAAGAUGCUGCUGGGAGGCAAAAUCCGCAAAAACAACAAUGGGGGCAGCAGCAUUGAGUCAGAGGGGUCCGAGAUCAGGAUGAUGGAGGGGUUCACUCGUUCUCUUCCCUCCUCCCCCCUCCUCAACCUCCGGCUGGGCAAAAGAAGUGGUGAGGACGAAGAGUUGGGACCUCCUCCCUCAGUGGACGAGGCAGCUGAUGCUCUGAUGACCAGGUUGGGCUUCCUGCUGGGGGACAAGAUAAUCAGUGGAGAGCCGGGGUCCCCUUACCUAGCCCAGGACGAUGCACAGAGGAUCUCUCCUUCCUCCAGUCUGGCCAGUAGCAGCACCUCCCCCUGCUCCACACUGCAGCCCCCUGCUGGAGGAGAAGGCAACAGCGAUAACAAGCAUGUCUCCUCCAACAAUGCCUCUGUCACCUCCCCCACCUCAACACUGGAAAGCAGAGACAGUGGCAUCAUAGCCACGCUGACCAGCUAUUCUGCUAGCUGUUCAGAUUCAGCAGCAGAGCAGUACAGCAGCACCAAAUACCCAGGAGAUGGUUACCAUGGGAGCAGCCUCCACCUCUGGCCGGCAGGUGGCCGGCCGGUGGUGGUCUCCACCUCCUCGUCCUGUAUGGUGGCCGUGGAAAGUGUUAACGACAGCCAUCUAUACAGGGUGGACGACAACAUUGCCGCCUCCACUUACAGCCUCAACAAACUCCACCCAGACCGAGGCACUGUCGCUGCACGGUCUUUGGGCUCCACCCACUCCAUACCUGUCUACCUCAUGCCCCGCCCCAAUUCAGUUGCUGCCACUAGUUCUGCCCACCUUGAGGAUCUGGCGUAUCUGGAUGAGCAGCAGAGACAAAUCCCUUCAAGGACAUCCCUCAGAAUGCCCAGACAGAAUUCUGGGAGUCGUAGUCAACAGGACCACAGAGUUCGUUUUACUCCCUCUCUCAGCCUGAAGCCCCUGCACUUUGAGGUUCCCGGUCUCUCAUCUGAUUGGCUGUUCACUGGCAGGGAGUGGCUCUUUCAGGAAGUACAUGCCUAUCUCUGCAGUGAUGACCUGUCAACCAGUCGGGGCGUGGUGAUCUUCGGCAACAUGGGCUUCGGCAAAACAGCCAUCAUUGCCAGACUGGUGGCGCUCAGUUGUCAUGGAAACCGAAUGUGGCCUCCUGCUGCUCGGCGCCUGAGCACUCCAAAGCAUGUUGCACCUGUUUCUCUCUCCAACGAUUCCCUGGGAAGAGGAGGAGGAAGAGGAGAUGAAGGAGGAGGAGGAAGCUGUCCAGGAACUCCAGAGAUGAAGAGGAGACAGGAGGAAGCCCUGAGGAAACUUGCAGGACAGGUAGUCUCAUAUCAUUUCUGUCAGGCUGACAACAGUUACACUUGUCUGGUUCCGGAGUUUGUCCACAACAUGGCGGCAAUGCUAAGUCAUGCACCUCAACUGCUGGCCUAUCAGGAGCUACUGCACCGGUCGCCACAGCUACAGAGCACGCUCAGUCUACGCUCCUGCAUUCAGGAUCCAAGCUCUGCCCUCCAGAGAGGAAUACUGGAACCACUCGAAGCUCUCCACAGAGAGAGGAAGUUGCACGUGGAAGGGGCAGGGCUUAUUGUAUUGAUUGAUGGGUUAAAUGAGGCAGAAUUCCACCGGCCAGACUACGGCAACACACUGACUUCCUUCCUGUCCCAAAACGUCCCAAAAUUUCCUCCCUGGUUGAAGAUCAUCACCACUGUCAGGACCAGUCAACAGGACAUCACUUGUUCUCUACCUUUUCAUCGCAUCUCCCUGGACAAGAUGGAGGAGAGCAAUGCUAUAGAUCAAGACCUGCAGGGUUACCUGAUGCAGCGUAUCCAUAGCAGCAGCGAGAUCCAGAGCAACGUGUCGCUGAGUAAUGGCCGCUUUGACAACGCGGCACUCACCAAACUGAUCAGCCACCUUAAGAGCCUGAGCAAAGGCUCAUACCUCUACUUGAAACUGACACUGGACCUGAUAGAGGGUGGAUACCUGGUUCUGAAGAGCUCCAGCUUCAAAGUGGUUCCUGUCAGUCUAGCAGAGGUGUACCUGCUGCAGCUCAACAUGCGGUUUCCCACCCAUUCGUCUUUUCAGAGAGUUCUGCCGUUGCUUAACAUCACUGUGGCAUCACUGCACCCACUGACCGACCAGCAGCUGUUUGAGGUAGUGAACUCUGCCGCUCUGACUGGAGGAACGCUGCAGUGGGACGAGUUUUCCCAGCGUCUGGAGCAGCUCUCGUCGUUUCUCCUGAGGCGGAGCGACGGAAGCUGGAUGCUGAACCAUGCCUCCUUUAGAGAGUGGCUGGUUUGGAGGGAGGAGGGGCAGGACGACAGGUUCCUCUGUGACCCCAGGAGUGGUCACACUCUUUUGGCCUUCUGGCUCUGCAGACAAGAAGGGAAGUUGAAUCGACAGCAAACUCUGGAGCUGGGACAUCACAUCCUGAAGGCUCAUAUCUACAAGGGUCUAAGUAAGAAGCUUGGGAUUUCCUCCUCAGUUCUACAGGGGCUGUGGCUUACCUACAGCACAGACAACCUGAGCCCUACUCUGUCAUCUCUUCGCAACCUCUACACCCCGAACAUCAAGGUGAGCCGGUUGCUGAUCAUGGGUGGAGCUGAUGUGGAUUACCAUAGUGGCGUCCUUAACAACGCCCCUCUUUUGUGUGUGCACUCCCAUCUGGGCCACACAGAUGCCGUGGCACUGCUGCUCGAUCAUGGAGCUCAGGUGGAUUCUCAGUCACAUGAUGGUUUGACUGCACUGGGAUUUGCUGCUGCUGCUGGACAUAUGGACAUUGUCAUAAUGCUGAGUCAGCACAGAGCUAAGGUGGGUCAUGUGGACAGCUCAGGUCAGUGUGUGUUGGUGCACGCUGCUCAGCGAGGCCACCUCAAGGUGCUGGACUUCCUGUUGAAGCGUGCGGACUGGAGCUGCACUUCCUGCUGUGGCCAGCGGGGAGUAAGCAAGACCCAUGCAGUGCAGCAAGCUCUGAUUGCAGCAGCCAGCAUGGGCCACACAGAGAUGGUGUCGUAUCUACUAGAUCUUCCAGAGGAAGAUGAGGAAGAAGAGGAGAGACCUGAGAUUAACACAUCUGACACUCUUUGGGGAGAAACAGCUCUAACAGCAGCAGCAGGAAGUGGCAGGCUGCCUGUGUGCAGGCAGUUGUUGGAGCAGGGUGCUGCUGCUGAGCAAGGCAACAGGCGAGGUGUGGCUCCGCUCUUCAGUGCCGUGAGAUAUGGCCACUGGAAGGUGGUGGAGUUGCUACUGAAUCAUGGGGUGGAUGUGAACUUGAUUGACCAACAGGGUCGAACAGCUCUAAUGACGGCAGCCUCCGAGGGACAUAUGCCAUCCGCACAGCUGCUGCUUGAACAUGGAGCCUCUCUGGACCAGAGUGACAGAGAGGGGUUAACAGCACUGAGCUGGGCAUGUCUCAAAGGCCAGCUCCCCUUGGUCAGAGAGCUGGUGGAGAGAGGUGCAGCCACAACUCAUGCUGACCGCAGUGGACGAACACCUCUGGAUCUCGCUGCGUUCCGUGGUGACCCAGAAGUGGUGCAGUACCUGGUGGAUCAUGGCGCAUUAGUGGAACACGUGGAUUGCAGUGGGAUGCGUCCUCUUGACCGAGCGGUCGGCUGCAGAAACACUUCGGCUGUCAUCGCUCUGCUCAAAAAGGGAGCCAAGAUAGGGCCAGCAACCUGGGCCAUGGCAACAUCUAAACCGGACAUCCUAAUGGUUCUGCUCACUAAACUGAUUCAGGAAGGAGACAAACUGUACAAGCAAGGUAAAGUGCGAGAAGCUGCUCAGUCCUAUCAGGCAGCACUUCAGAAGUUUCCAGGAGACGAGCUAAAGACAUUCAGACAGCUGAGAGUGUGUGUGCUGCUCAACCUGUCACGGUGCCGCCGGAAGAUGAAUGAUUUUGACCUUGCUGAGGAGUUUGCUACCAAAGCACUAGAACUGAAAGCUCAAUCCUAUGAGGCCUUUUAUGCCAGAGCCCGGGCCAAACGCAGCCGCAGACAAUUUCAUGCAGCCCUGGAGGACCUAAUUGAGGCCAGCCAUCUGUGUCCAUCUAAUCGGGAGAUCCAGCGUUUGCUGUCCCGGGUCAGGGAAGAGUGUCGGCAGGAUUCUCAACAACAAGAGUCUCCCCGUCCUUCAUCACACUAUGCUUAUGAACAUAAUGUGUCCAUCAACGAGGCCAGGUGCAGAGAUUCAGGUUGUCUGCAGGUGCAUGACAAGGAGGGGCUUCCAGAGGAAGAGGAGGAAGAAGAGAAGGAAGACGAGAGGGUUGACAGUGAAGGAGAUCCCCCUCCACACUCCUCCUUCCACCCUCCACCUGUGGUUCAAAGUAUUGACAUUCACUGUCGGCCUGCGAUGUCAUCACCCUCCUCCCUCUCCCCUACUCACCUGUAUCAUCACCUCCCAAGUCCCAUCCACUCUCCUUCCUCUUCAGCCUGUCAUUCUGCUCCUCAUCCUCCUUCAUCCUCCCUUCACGAUUUCAGUUCUCCCUCCUCCCAUCAAGCCAGCCCAAUGUCAGAAAGUAUCUCUGCAUUGUCAGGGAUUGGUGUGCAACAAUAUCCGCAGUCCUACUUAGCUCUCCAUCACUCAGACCAGAAACAGGGAGUGCAGCAAUACCACUUUAUUUCUGAUCAGGGAUCACUUCAGAAGCAAAACACGGCACAAGGCCAAUGGCUUCAACCAGCCAAAGCCCAGGUUGUUAGAACCAGUCAGCCUAGUUCGUCAACCCACUCCAGCAUGGUUUUGGGAAGUUCAGCUUACUCACAGUUUGCAUAUCUGCCUCGAGAAUUGGAUGAACUGGGUGACGGAAUUUGCUCCAGUCUCCUAAAUGUCAGGCCUAGCCUGCAGGUCCAUGCUGGUCUUAAUUAUGUAGCUUCAUAUCCACAUGAUGAUUUAGAUGUCGGCUUGACUUGCCAGUUGAGACCUGUAUCUGGCUUUGGGAGAGGGGCAGGAGGGGAAAUGGUGGGGAACAACCGGUUCACCCAGGCCCGUCAGUUCAGCCGCAACCAAUCCAAAGCAGCUUCCUACCCCAUGGAAGUUACAGAGGCAACAAUGGGACCGCCUGAAAACCUUCCAUCAUUGCAUGAUUAUCAGUACCAUGAUCAGGGUGGACUGCGACGUCCACUUAGCACCCAUCCAACCUCAUCCACUGUCUCCUCCUCCAGGCCUCUCAACCAGAGUGUCAGUAUCUGUUUCCCCACCACCAGCAGCAGCCUCGCUGGUGGCCAGACAGCUAAUCAUGGAUCAGGCUUCAGGACCUCAGCCUCCACACAGCACAUGGAUUUACCUUCAGAUCUUGCCUCUAUUGGAGGGAUUAGUGGUUAUCAUGAUGAUCUCUUUCUGAUCUCUCCCCAGUCAGAAAUAUGUAUGACAGGAGGUGGGACUUAUCCUGGGGAGGGAGGUCGGUCGUCAAGGAGCACUCCUUUUAUGGGUGUUAUUGACAAGACAGUGAGGGUGCAGCAGCAGUAUCAGCAACAAGCUCCUUCUAAUUCGUCAUCCUGUCUGAGCCCCUCGCGCUCCUGGGCUGUGUCUUCAGUGGACACAGUGGUUACCCCACCUGGUAAAACCCUACCCAACCAAGGAGGCUUCAGUCAACCACAGCCCUCCUCCAUUGCCUACCACAACCGCAGCAACAACAAUGCCCACAAUGGUCACAACCACCUCGAUUACUAUGAGGUGCUGCCAAGUAGCGGUUCCCAAAGUGAGAGCUCGAUGCAGGUUGCUAGUCACAAUCCCUCAUACCUGGACGUAAAGCUGGCCCGAACACUGCCAGUUAUUCAUAGCUGCUCAGACAGACCAGAUGAGAGAAAGAUGGGACCUACCUCUCCUGUCAAACCAAAAAGACCCUUUGUUGAGUCCAAUGUAUAGAGAAAAGUUUAAAUGUUAAGUCAGACACAAGGGAAGAAGAGGGUCAAUCAAGAUUGUACAGAAACAUUCCAAGAUUCACAGAAGAUAUGGAAUAUGUAAGGUUGGGCUAUGCUUGACACUAAUUUAGAAGUUUGGUGUGUUUUUCAUAUUUGCUGUUGGUACUAAAUUAGGGAAUACAGUAAUCGUUUUGGGCCAUACACACCCAGGUCCGCUGCUGCAAGAAGUAUGUAUACUUGUCAGAUUGUUUCAGAAAGAUGAGCACUUCAUGUAAAGCAUUUCUUAUUCUGUUAGGCUUAUUUGCAGGUUGUUAACAUACAAACAUGAUCUGUUGCAUUGUUAACCAGUCAAAGACAAGAACAAGUACAAAGGGAGGGAGGAAAACAUCAGACUUGGAAGGAAAUUAAACUUUUGUUCUGUACUGACGUAACAAAGCAUAAUGAAGAAAAGCAAGAUUAUGGAAAUUGUUAACAAAAAAAAGACUGAAAAAAUUCCUCAUUCUUUCCCUGGUUAUCUCUGGCUAACCUAUGUUUCUGGAAGUCCAUAUCACACUGCUCUGGAGUUUCUCUGCAAAGUUUAUGUAUGAAACCCCAGCUGGUUAAGGUCAGACAGGAGAGACAAAAAAGCGCCACUUUGCUAUUGACGCCAUUAAUGAAGAUUUGCAUUUCAAGUUUGAAGCGCUUAAAUGACACAAUGACUGGAAACCUGGACACAUCCAUGCUCUAGAACUUGUCCCAGGCAGAUGUUGGUCAGUGACCCCGACCUAAGCCAUAGUUUGAGAAACUAGGAUUAUGCUGUCAUUGUAUGAGCACUGACUUACCGUUUAUAAAACAAAAGUAAGUGAUAUUUAUCUUUUUUAAGUUAUGUCUGCGUUAACCUAUAUGAUGAGUGUUUCAAUUAGGAUUUGUUGUUUUAUCUUUUGGAGUAAUUUUCACUAAGAACAAAGGAAUGUUUCCAGGAGACAAAAAAAAAGAAGCAACAUUAAAGUACAGUUUUGUUCAGUUAUGGGUUAAGAUCUCUUCUUGCUGGAGUACGAUAGAAUUCAUCUACAAAGAUGAACCUGAAACAAUGCCUUUAGGAUUCUUCGUAUGCCACUACUAUUUUUUUAUUUUGUUUUUAUCAUGAAGGUUUUUUAUAUUCUGUGGUGACAUCAUUCCCAAACUGAUUUACCAGGGACUUGAUGUGCAUUGCCAUGGAAACAGUACUUACAAUUCCCAUGAAGUGCCGAAUGGCCCCUCCUACUCUCAGUAAUUCCUUGAACAGUGAUUGUCCAGUCAUUGCUCAUCUAACUUGGCAAAACAUGUCCUAUCUAUGUCUGGAUUUCUCUUUACACAUUGAAACAAGUGCGAAUGGAGCUGUAGUAAAAUCAAUCCUCCACAUUUGAA